GCCUCCUCUGGUUUUUUGGGGGCAUUUUUUUGGUCAGGCAUGGACACCAAAGGACACUUCCGCUCUUCCUGUGUGAAAAUCUAUCUAUGUUCCAACCCAGAAGACAGCAGGAUGGAGCGUCAGGCGCUCAGAGAGGACGUGUUCCCCAGGUUGAGAAGAUACUGCAGAUCCUCGCUGGGCCUGGAUGUGAGAGUGAUAGAUCCAUUUGAGUCCAGUGAUCCUCGUCGCUGGCCGGAUGAAAACACCAGACGGCGGUUGAUUACAGAGUGCAGAGAGAGCUCAGCCGGGCCCUUUUUGCUGGCUCUGGUGGGACAUCAGUAUGGCGCCGGCUGUCUGCCCACCCAGGUGGAGGUGUCAGAGUUCCAGCUGCUGCUGCAGGUGAGCCAGCAGGUGGGAAUCAGCACCCUGGAACUGGAGAAGGCCUACCAGAGGGACGAGAACAUCAUCCCUGCUUCUUUCUCUCUGAGAUCUUCCUCCAGUCCUCUGUCAGAUGGUAAUGAGGAAACAGAAAGGAAGAAUGAAGAAGAGCUGAAGAAGGUGUUUCAGACAGCAGUGACUCUGAGUUUCUGCAGAGGUCUUUUGGCCCCACAGAGAGCCCGUAGUUUGUACGGUUCAGUCCUCGAUAAAGAUCUGCGAUUUGCUUUGGCGAACCCGACGGUUGAGGACAUCACCAACCGCAGUGUGGUUUACGUCCACAAGGUCCUCAAUGCCAGGAAAGACACGUCCAACCAGCUGCUGUCAGGCUCGGAGGCAGAGAUCUCUGAUCCCACCGUGGCAGCACCCACCCAUGACCAAUUCCUAUCAGAGAUGUGUGACGGCUACCUGCCUGCUCUUGUCACCUCCUGCCACCUUCUAGUUUAUACCUUCACCACUGAGUGUGACCGUCGCCAUGGUUACACCACAGCGAGAAGGCGAGCCUACACAGACUCCCUGAGUCAGCAGGUUUAUGCUGACCUCGUCUCGUUUAUCGGCAGCUCAAGCUCGUUGGGUUCUGGAGGGGUCUUCCAAAAUGUGGGCUCUUUAACGGGAGAGUGGGCUGACCAGGAGCAUCUGUGCGGCAUCCUGUCGGGGUUUUAUGACAUCAUUCAAGCACAGGAGGAAAAGGUCAGAGCUUAUGUGCAGCAGAAGGAUCAACAGUGCCCACUAGUGGUGGUAGGAGGACCGUGCACGGGGAAGACGGUGCUUCUGGCUCACUGCACUCAUCAGCUCAAGUCUUGGCUGGCAGACUCUGAUCCUGUGGGGCUCAGUUAUUUCUGCAGCAUGUCAGUGGACGCCUCUCCAGAACAUCUGCUCACCAGUCUGUGUCGUCAGAUUGCUUUAAAGUAUGACCACCAGUUUCCUGCAGAGAGAGAUUCCAGCUUUUCCACCAGCUCGUUCUUCCAGGAUCCAAUAAUCCCUGGUUCAGGCUUCAUGAACCUCCAUCUGUCCGAGCUCCAAGAACAUCUAGCGUCCCUCCUAUCUCUCCUUCCCUGCACUCGGCGGCCUUUCAUCCUUCUGCUAGAUGGUUUGGAUCAACUGGAGAACAACGCCGGUGCUCAGAUAGUCAGAAACCUCCCCUCCCCCCUUCCCCCCGCGGUCAAACUCAUCAUCACAGUUUCCUCCAACCAGACUCACCUCCUGCAUGCUAUCAAGCAGCGGUACUCACAAAGAGGUCUUCCUCACUGCGUGUCAGAGGAAGAGUUGGGGUUCCUGUGUGUGGAGAUGGGAUUAGGAGACUCCAAACAGUGUGUGAAGAUGCUGACGUCUCUACUAGCGGGUUCAGGGAGGAGGAUCACAUCUGGACAACAAGUUCUGAUUAACAAGGCCCUCACUUCCUGUCGCCUGCCGCUCUACGCCAGACUCCUGCAUGUGCAUGCUGCUGGGUGGCGCUCAGACUCAGAGGUGAACGACACCUGCCUUCCAGACGCCGUUCAUUCCUCCAUUUCUGCUCUCCUGGAUCAGCUGGAGCUCAAACACGGCUCCGCCCUUGUGGCUCGUGCCGCGUCUUUCCUCGCCCUCUCCAAAUCUGGGCUAUCGGAGGCUGAACUUGCUUAUCUGCUCUCCAGUGACUCUCUGACUGAGGAGGACUCUGUUUUAAGGUCAAAGGUCACUCAAGUCGAUGUGGAGAAGCUGCUCUUGGAUUUCAGGAGCUUUCUUCUUAGAAGAUCAGUAGCGGGUUCGCAGGUUCUGUUCUGGGUGAGCAGACACUUUGGUCUGGUCGUGUCCAAAAAGUAUCUGGGCACGCAUGACGUGAAGAGGAAGAUUCAUUCAGAGAUGGCAGACUACUUCAGCGGACGGGGGGUCGGAGGUCAAGGACUGAAGGAGGACAACCAGCCGUUCCUCUUUGCUUCUCCAGAAAACAUCAGCUGGGUGAAUGUGAGAAAAAUCAUCGAGCUGCCGCAUCACUUGCAGCAAAGCGGCAGGUGGGCGGAGCUGGAAGCUGAGCUGUUGAUGUCUCUGGAUUUUCACCAGGCGAUGCUUCAAGCUGGACGUCUGGAAGAUCUGAUCUCCAUGCUGGAGUCUGACAGAAGCUCCUCAGAGUUUAGGUUUUUUAGGGAAAAACGGCUCCUAGCAAAAGUGUUGAGGUCAUCCGCCUGCUUCCUGCUGAGAUCACCCCACCAGCUGUCUACAGUCAUGGAAAUGAACAUCCUCCCUUUUCUGGGGUGUUUCCCCACCCUUGAGGGUUACAUCCAACAUGUUAGAGAAGAAAGACGGCAAAAGGAGAGCGGGCUAGAAAUCUCUCUUUGGCCUUGUCUCCACUCUGUUCCUGCCCUUCAGAGCGUAGAUGAUAAACUGCGAGUCACCGAAUCUGCAGCUACAGGAUGUGGAACGGUAGCACAGACCACGGAGGACGGCUCUGCUUGGAUCUGGAGAAGCUCCGGGUUGGUCAGACUCAGGAUGUCCCUGAGCUGUGAGCAGCAGGAGGUGAAGUUUACUGGAGUGAGAGGCUGUGGCCGGUUCCUGCUGCUGUCCGCUGAGGGCAGCAGGCUCUUCGUGUGGGACGUGUCCGGUCCAGAGAAGCUCCAGGAGGUUGAAGACUCUCUCGGAUCAUCAAAAAGAGUCGGAGGAUUUAUUGCACUCCAGGAAACGUUCGGUUUGUGGUGGGAAAAGCAGAAGUUUGUUGGUGUGUUUGAUGCUUGCGGCAGGAACAUAGCUCAUUUUAAGUGUCGGAGCGCCGUCACCUGUGUGGCGUUCUCCACCCACAGCUUUCAUGUGUUCUGCGGGCAGGAGGAUGGCACCGUGUCUGCGUUUGACAUCCAAACUGGGAGACUGCUGGGCUCUUGUUCCCACUGGAAGCACAGCGCCAUCACGGUGAUAAUCCUCAGCGAAGAGCAACAGGAAAUGGCAUGCCUUGACAGGACUGGGAGCAUUGCAUUAUGGGAUAUCGCAUCGAAAGAACAGACGUUCAGACUUGUCAGAGAGGAAAACAGUCAGGAGGAAUCUGACAUCCUCAACACAGAUUACGUGGAGGACAUCAGCUUGCUCCUGGUGUGUGGGGAGAAGCAGGUGACCCUGUGGGGUUCGGAUAGCUGGGAUCUGGUGGAGGAGUUCUCAGCGCCAAAGACGAAAGUCUUCACCCAGGCGGUGCUGAGUCAGGAUGGACACCUCUUCUUGGCUCUGUUACGGAGCUGCAGCUUGGUGUUGGUGUGGAGUAUCAGCUCUGGGCGGUGUGUUCUCUCCUUGGAGUCAAACGGGCUGCCGCUGCUGCUCCUCAGAACGUUCUCAGAAACCAUCUGUGUCUCUCAGAGUGGCUGCUUGACCAUCUGGGACUCGAGGAUGAUCGAUGCAGCGGGAACCGCUCCAAAAAUGAGAGAUAGAGUGAAUGAAGUUGUGGCUGAUAAAGCAGUAAAGUUUCUUUACACGUCAGAUGGCUCACGUGAAGUGUGGAGGUGGAGCUUAGACUCAGGACGUCCAGGUCACAGCUUCCUCCACGAUGGCGCAGUGGAAAAACUACAGCUUUCUCCCAGCAGCUUGAAGCUGGUGACGCUCUCAGCUGGGGAGAUCUACGUUUGGGAGACAGAAACGGGUCAGAAUGUGGUCCGGAUCGGCGGCAGCAGAGCCACCGAUCUCCUGAUUACACCCAACAGUAAGUUUGGCGUGAGCAUUUUUGAAGAAGGACUCUCUCGAGUUUGGAAGCUGGCACAAGGAAGCAUCGUGUGCAGCAUACACCUUCAACUGUCUGACCCCCAGGUGUCACCUGAUGGUACGUUCCUCAUCAGCCUGCACCACGGAGACCUGCUGGCUGCCAGCUUGUGGUCAGGCUUGAUUUGUAAGCGUUUCUCCUGCAUGGAGCCGUCUGAGGUGGUUGCUUUCCGCACGCUGUCGGAGCAUCCAGACUUUGUGGUUGUGAUGGCUGCCCUGGGGGCGGUGUACACCUGGAAGGUGUCAGAGGAGACGGUGUGCCAGCACUUUGAUCUACCAACUAUGUUUUACUGUGAUCCAGGAGCCUUCCAGAUGUCAUCCGAUGGGAGCUGUGCCUUGUUGUCCACUUGUGGCGACCAAAUGAAGCUUCUAGAUCUGUCUCGAGUCAGACUGUGCUCGUUUAAAGCUGAAGGAACUGUCAUUAAAGUCUGUUUGGACCAAACCGGAUCGUAUGUUGCAUACAUAACCAGCCCCCACAGCCUGGAGGAAAGCUGCACCUGUCACCUGCACAACCAGCCCGUCCUCACCGUCACACGGCUUUCAGAUGGAGAGCGGAUUGGAAGUGUACAUCUGUCGGGAAACCCCUCCACUCUGGGUGUGUGUGAUCAGAGAAGGAUUUUUGUGGGGUUUGAGGACGGAUCCAUCGGUCUGUACUCCAUUUUAGAUUCCACUGUUGAUGAGGAAACUUUGCUCAGAGGCACUAAGGAAUCAAAAGACCAUUUGAAAGAGAACUUCUGCCCUUUUGAGGAACCGAUCAGUUGGUUUCCUCAAGCCAAACCUAAUGUAAAUUGGCCUCAAAGUUUAUAAUUAGCAUUUUUUAACACAGAAUGAGACUCAAAUAUUUUACUGUUUAUAUUUGUAAAUACACAAAUCUUGUUAAUCAAGAUCACAGAGUUGUCUUUGUCAUUCAGCAGUCCUGGUCUACAACGAUCAGAUUGUUUUUGCAAUUGUGUUUUUUUUUCUAUCGUAAAAUCCCAGUGAUCUUUUAGUUGUGACAAUAAAGUUUUUUUAAGACAUAUCUUCUGCCUUACUGCAGUAGCUCAUUAGAAACACAAUUCUGGGUUGUGGGCGGGACUGCUGACGCAGAGCAACCCACUCCUCCCCGUCACUGAGAGCUCUAUUUGCACGCUCAAGAGCUAGCUUAGAGCUAUGAAAAAAGACAUCACAGCAGGAGAAACCGUCCAAAAGAUGAAUGUUAAAAUCUCUUAUGGAGCUCGAAUUAAAAAAAUAUUCUGAAAUCCAACAAAUAACAAAAAUCCAAACACUUUUGUUCGGGAUAUUCAAAGAAAAAAAUUGAGGUUAAUAUGGGAUGGCCACAUCACCCACAGAAAUUUGGUAAUUUUUACAUUCUUUCACAAUAUGGGAAAAGAAAACUAGCAUUUGAGUAAUCCUCACGGAAUUUCAAGCACACGCCAUCAUGUUAAGUCAAUAACCACAACCAAAGUUUCAUUGACCUUUAACCUCAGGCCUCCUGAAUUAAAAAAAAAAAAAAAA